CCUCCGAACGACUGGGGCUGGUACAGAGGUAGAUCACCUCAUCACUUGUCAAGACCUAAAUUGGCGUAAUAAUGUGAUGUGACAAUCACCUAUUAAAGGAAAGCACGACACACUUGCACGGAAGCAUUGACGAUACAAAUUUGGCGUGUGGAGGUUUGUUUAACGACUAAAACCCUUUUUACCGGCAAAAUUAUCAUCAACAUCACAAGAUGGAUUCAAGACUGAACACAAAUCAGUUGAACGAGGCUUUAAACCAGCUGGCAGAUUGGUUUCCAGAAGAAGCAACCAAUCUGAAAAACAAUCGAGAUGCUAUCAUAAAGUGUAUCCUUGAAGGUACCGAACCUGCACCAGGUUCCAAACUCCUGAGCCUAAAGAGCAGUGCUGCGCAUGAGCCUCCUGCCGCCUUACCACCUCUUACACCUUGCGAGGAAGCCAUCGACGUGGUGAUAGUCGAUGCAGUAAUGUUCCUCUUGGGCCUAGUUGGGCUGCAUGUGUCCAACCAACAACGGAUUGCUCGGGCACUUUUAAAAAAUUUAAGCCCAGAUACUCUUCGUGGAUUCCUUCGAGAUAUACGCAAUUUUAACGAAGCCACAGGUGCGUUGAACAAGGCUAAAGCCCUCUUUAAACUCUUGGGUGGGAUAUUUAAAGUUGGCUGCUUUCGUGCUGUCUUCAAGGUGCUCAAGGAAGAGAUGACAUGGUGGGAAUGGGUCAAGACAGGCAUGAUUGCCGUAGCCCAGAUUAUGGUAUGGCUUGCAACUGAUGGCGUUGCCUUUGUAGCAGAAGCAGCCCUAAGCAUCAUGAGCGCUGAAAGUCUAAUAGAGGAUGCAAUUAAAGCUGAUAAAGUGUGUGGAAAGUAAAGUGAACGUGGUGUUAUUGAAAAUUGUUACCGUCAGUUAUUUUCUUUUCCUUAAGAACUUGUGAUCGUGUCAUUUUAAUGGUUCAGUUUGAAGCUAGCUUAAUGUGUUCAGAUAUCGUGCUUUAAACUGUCUAGAAAUUGGAAUUACAAUUAUAGUGAUUGUUUUCUUUCAAGUGUAACACUGGCGAUAGUUCUUACUGCAAGUUGUUUAGUUUAAUUUACGGAAUUAAUCGAAGUUUGAAGUCAGAAAGGUUCUUUACAGCAUUAUAAAAUUGUGGUUCGUACAUGAAGUAACCUUGUUGCUUCACACUUGAGAAAGUUUCAGAGGAGAAGAAGAAGAAGAAGAAGAAGAAGAAGAAGAAGUAAUUCUGAUCAGGUGUAAUUUUUCGUUCAGACGCCACAAAAGAAGGAGAGGUCAAUGCAAAAUUCUCAGUGCAUGUACGCAAAGGGAAAAGUGUGUUUGAACGUAGCUUGUUCGGUUUGUAAUGGGAAAAUAUUGGUUUCUGGUUAUUUUUUUAGAUCUUUUCAAGUUUUACGGGCGAGAUCCAUAAACUUGCCAAGAGUUCAAUUAGGUUUUCAUUCUCAUAGGCCUUUCUUCGCGUUGCUUUUCCAGUGGGCGUGAAAACUUGUUUACAAUCCCGCGGCAGUUCGAGGAAAUUGUUUCGCACUGGUAUGUCAUAAUUUAAGGUUAAUAGCAGGGCAAAUUCCACGAUUUAUAUUGUCACGAGCAAAGGCUUUGCGAUCAUUUGAUUUUUCUUGUAAGGGCCUGAAUCAGUCGUUUGGUAUUUUGCCUAAACAAGGCUUACUGGACCCGUUGUGUAGAACUGAAGGUGUUUCACAAGUGACCUGAGAGGAAAGCGUCUCUCAAACUACUUUGAAUACCUGGUCUCGGUUGUUUAAAAGGUAUAACAACAACAAGAACAACAACAAGCCUUAUUUACAUUUC